CGCUUAUCCUUGCCAACGUCCACAUUUAUAUCCCGUCCGCUUAGCCGUCGGAUGUCCUUUAGCUAUUUCGCUGCGAUUUACUGCAAGUGUAUUGUUGUUUGUGUGUGUGUGUGUGUCUACUCAGUGUAUCGGCUUAUCAGUGUGUGUGUGCGUGUUUGUUUUUGGCGAAUUCGCCGUCGGUUCGGCUGCUCGUACGUAAUUCCUUCGCCGUCGCCGUUGCCGUCGCCGCGGCCAUGCGCGUUAACGGUAAAUAAUGGCCGCCAUCUUGGCGUGCCACAGAGUGCGACAUCAAAUCAAAGAUAAAUAAAAGCUAUAUACCCACACACACGCACACUCGCUCGUACGCUCACAAAUACAUAUAUAGAUAGAUAGCUAUAUACAUAUAUAGUAUAUCGAACGAGAGAUUUAUAUAGUGCCAUGGAGCACCAUGGCAGCGGAUUUGUCGCCUCGCCGUGGGCCGCGGUGCUCGGCCACCACUCGAUGGCCUCCGACGCGGGCUUUGCGGCUGCAGCGGCUGCGGCGCAUGUCCAGAAUGUGGCGGCGGCCCAUCACACGCAUCCGAUGCACGGCCAUCCGCACUCGCAUCCGCACUCGCAUCCGCACCCACACCAUCAUCACUCGCAUCCGCAUCCACACACGCAUUCGCACCAUCAUCAUCAUCAUCUGGCGGCGGCGGCGGCAGCAGGAGGCGGCAUGCCCAUGGAUUUGCAUGUGCCCCAGGGAUUUCCCUACUAUAGAUAUCGCGAGGAUGCGCUUUGCUGGGGCGACAGAAAGUCCAUGGAGGAGAUCGGCGCUGCACAGUCCUCGGUGAAUGCGCGCAUUCUGGAGCUGCGCAAGGAGAAGUCGAGGGACGCGGCCAGAUCGCGGCGCGGCAAGGAGAACUACGAGUUCUAUGAGCUGGCCAAAAUGCUGCCGCUGCCUGCAGCCAUAACCAGCCAGCUGGACAAGGCCUCCAUAAUAAGACUGACCAUUAGCUAUUUGAAACUGAGAGACUUUUCCGGGCACGGCGAUCCGCCAUGGACCCGAGAGGCGUCCAGCAGCAGCAAGCUAAAAAGUGCAGCCAUACGACGCAGUCCCGCGGUUGAUUUGUUCGAGCAACAUCAGGGCACCCACAUACUACAGUCACUGGAUGGCUUCGCUUUGGCGGUGGCAGCGGAUGGACGCUUCCUGUACAUAUCGGAAACGGUGUCCAUCUAUUUGGGCCUCUCGCAGGUGGAGAUGACGGGCAGCAGCAUAUUCGACUACAUCCACCAGGCGGACCAUGCGGAGAUCGCCGACCAGCUGGGCCUGAGCCUCACCAGUGGCGGCGCCGGCGGCGGCGGCAGUGUGGGAGCUGGCGGCGGCGGUGGCAGCGGUGCCGCUGGCCUGGCCUCACCCACGUCGGGCGCCUCAGACGACGGCAGCGGCACACACGGUACGAACAAUCCAGACGUUGCCGCCUCCAUGACGCAGGCCUCGACGAGCGGCUACAAGGGCUACGAUCGCAGCUUCUGCGUGCGAAUGAAGUCGACCCUGACCAAGCGCGGAUGCCACUUCAAGUCCUCCGGCUACCGGGCGAGCGAUGCAACCAGCAAUUGCAGCGGUAGCAAUACAAAUGGUAAAAAUGUUAAGAAUCCGGCCUCGAACUAUUCGGUGGUGCUGCUGCUCUGCAAGCUGCGUCCGCAGUACACCUUCUCGCACACGCGCAAGGCGCAGCCUCCGCUGCUGGGCAUGGUCGCCCUGGCCAUUGCGCUGCCGCCGCCCUCGGUGCACGAGAUACGCUUGGAGUGCGACAUGUUUGUGACGCGCGUCAACUUCGAUCUGCGCGUGGCGCACUGCGAGCCUAGAGUAUCUGACCUGCUGGACUACACGCCCGAGGAUCUUGUCAACAAGAGUCUCUACUGCCUCUGCCAUGCCGAGGAUGCGAAUCGCCUGCGCAAGAGCCACACAGAUCUGAUCGAGAAGGGGCAGGUCCUGACUGGCUACUACAGACUGAUGAACAAGAACGGCGGCUACACCUGGCUCCAGACCUGCGCCACAGUCGUCUGCAGCACCAAAAAUGCCGACGAGCAGAACAUCAUUUGCGUCAACUACGUUAUAAGCAAUCGUGAGUAUGAGAAUCUGAUCUUGGACUGCUGCCAGCUGGAGCCGAGUGUGGACAGCAUCAAGCACGAGGAGGGGCUGGGCAACGACAAGAGCAGCGGCUCGCCUGGCGGCGAUGCCUCGGGCGAGGGCAAUCCCCACUUGAGUGGCGACAUGAAGCUGGGGCUCGGCUCGCCCAAGACCGAUGCAGAGGGCCACACGCAGCGGGGCAGGGGGCGGAAUGCGGCGCAUGGCAGCAACCUGAACAGCAGCCUGGCGCUGAUCAAGGACUCGCCGACGCCGCUGGGCGUCGAGGUGGACGGCGUGCUGCCUGUGACGGUGUCUGCCACGCCCACGCCCACACCGACGCCCACGGGCAGCGCGCCGAGCAGCAAGCGCAAGCGCAAGAGCAAAGCAGCGCAGCAGGCGGAGGAGCAGCAAGCGGAUCAGCAACAGGUGGGCCAGGUGGGCCAGCUGCAGGCAGAGCAGCAGCAGCAGCAGCCGCUGAGCAAGCUGCCCGCCCUGGAGCAGCAGCGAGAGCCGCGCAGCCGCCUGCCCUCCAUGGUGGAGGACGUGCAGCCAGCUGCCUCGGCCGACUCGGCUGUCAAGGAUCUGGAGCACGCCAUGUCCAAGCACCUGCCCUCGCCCAGCAACAACAACAACAACAACAACAACAACCAGCCCAGCACAGACUUCAGCACAGACGCGCUGAUCAAGCAGCAGCAGCAGCAGCAGGCGCAGCAGCAGCUCCACGCCGCAGAUGCCAACGAGAAGAGCAGCACGAUCCAGUGGAUCGGCACGCCCUACCAGCAGCCCGCCCCGAUGCCGGCCACGGCGCUGCUGCGCCAGCUGUACGCGAAUCGCGAGAGCGUGAUACGCGCCACAGCCAGGCAGACGCCCACUGGGGUGGGCGUGCCCGGCGUCUUCUACGGCGAGCAGCAGGGCGGGCCGCUGCCCACGCCGCCGGGCAGCGAGUCCUCCUAUGAGAACCAGUAUCUGCAGCUGCACUCGGCGGCGGCAGCUGCCUCCGUGCCGCAUCCCGUGGGCCAGAAGAGCGGCAACUCGGCGGACGCCUUCACCAACCUGGUGUCGACCUACGGCGGCUACCACAGCUCCAUUGACUACCACAACGCCAUGACGCCGCCCAGCUCCGUGUCGCCGCGCGACUCCAACAACUCGGCCAAGCUGCCCUCGGCGGCCGCGCCUCCCGGCCUCCUGGUGGGCUCCAAUGCCGGCUACGACUACGCCGACCCCUUGCGCGGCCAAUACGCCACGCCCGUGGACGGCUCGGCGGGCGCCACGUUGCCCCUGAAGCCGCAGGCCUACACGGCGGGCAUGCACCCGCACGCCACGACCACGACGGAGGGCGGCGUCACCUACAGCAACCUGGACCAGCCGCAAUACUUCGCGCCCCACUCGAGCUUCCACCUGUACCACAAGGGCAGCCCGGCGAGUGCCUGGUACUCCACGCCCUCCUAGGCGAGGCGCGACUGCCAGCAGCAGCAGCAGCAGCAGGAGGAGGAGGAGCUGCAGCAGCACCAGCAGCAGGCACAGCGCUGGGACUUUGUUGGCGCCCUGGGCAAAGUGGCGCGAAUGUUCUUCAAUGCGCGCAAGGGCAGCCACAACUGAGCCACUGCACCACUCGCACCACCAAGUGCCAGCAGCUGCUGCGAGGAAAAGAGAAGGCGUGAAAAGUUUGCAAGCAAAUUUUAAGCCAAGCUUCAAGCUGUAAAUAAAAAGAAAACAUUUCAAAAAUUAAAAAAAAAAAUAAUAAUAAUAAU